GCGGGGCUUGCGUUCGCUCCCUGACUGAGGAGCGACGCGUUACCGCUCAGCGACGCCGCUCCCAGACCAGGCUUCCGAACAAAUCCUUCGCGGGAUCGAAUUGGCUGUUCGGCAGUCAUCUGCACCGCGGCCCGCUUGCGGUCAGAGGAAUCAGGGCCCUAUCCGGCCACCGUAGCCACCUCUCUGUAGUGGGCGGGGCCAAGGCCGGGGUCACCCCGCCGGAGCCACCUCUGCCAGCAGCAUGUUCAAGGUAAUUCAGAGGUCUGUGGGGCCAGCCAGCCUGAGUCUGCUCACCUUCAGAGUCUAUGCAUCACCUAAAAAGGACUCACCUCACAAAACUUCUGUGAAAGUUAAUGAGCUUUCACUCUACUCCGUCCCUGAGGGUCAAUCUAAAUACGUGGAGGAGCCAAGGACCCCACUUGAAGAAAGCAUUUCACAUCUCCGACAUUACUGCGAGCCAUAUACAAGUUGGUGUCAGGAAAUGUACUCACAAACUAAGCCCAGGAUGCAGAGCUUGGUUCAAUGGGGGUUAGGCAGCUAUGAAUAUCUCCAAAAUGCACCUCCUGGUUUUUUUCCAAGACUUGGUGUUAUUGGUUUUGCUGGCAUUGUUGGACUUCUUUUGGCUAGAGGUUCAAAAAUAAAGAAGCUGGUGUAUCCACCUGGAUUCAUGGGACUUGCUGCCUCUCUUUAUUAUCCACAACAAGCCAUCGUAUUUGUCCAGGAAAAAGGAAAGUGGAAUAUUCUCAUUCUUACCAGUCAUGUAUGGAAUAGCAAUGGAUCUUUUAUAUUUUGUUUCAAGGUCAGUGGGGAGAAACUAUAUGACUGGGGUUUACGAGGAUACAUAGUCAUAGAAGAUUUGUGGAAGGAGAACUUUCAAAAGUACUCAAAUUGGAAAGGCAAAGAUUUAUCUGAGUUCUGAAGAUACUGUUUCCUUAGCAGGAAAUGAAACUGCCAGUGUUUCACAAAGCAGACAAAGUACCUAAUUUGAUGAAGAAAUCAUGCUGACGCACCAGAAGAAAAUGGUCUUCAGCAUAAUCAACUGAACAUUUGUGUGUGUUUCUAAAAUUAAGUUGCCUUUAAAAAAAAUCACAUUGCUUUAUAGACCAAGUCAUCUAUUGGUGUGAUCCACAAUUUAAAAUGUAUUUUAAGAAUUUCUGACUUUCAUGCUGAUUGGAUAACACACAAGUCACAACCGUUAGUAUUUGGGGAUAAGGUGGAUGGAGUUGGAAGUUGAAGGAGAAGUCACUGGAGAAGUUUAAGAACAGAGCAGUGUCAGGCCAUACGGCCUGCUCUUUAUUUUUUGAGAAUUUGCAUUUUUUGGUGACCUGUUUAUAUUUUUGCUUUAAACCCAGUUAGAAAGUUGCACAGCUUUACCCGGUGGCAAAAGUUUGUGUAAGUAACUAUUUUGUUAGCUGAUUAUUUAGUUUGCCUUGCAGUCCUCCAAAGCAUUUUAAAAAUUAUAGCUUGUAAUUCUUGCAAUAUAUGCUUUAUCACUUGGCUUAUCUUACAGCCAUGACUUUCUCUACAAGAGUAACUGGAAAGCAAAAUAUUAGAAUUUCCAGCCUUCUUUGCAGCUAAAGGUUACCAUGUGACCAUAUCCCAGUAAAUGAAGUGUAGGUGGAUAUACAUGAAGAAGCUUUUCUUCAGAAUUAAAAAAAGAGGGGGGGCAAGCUAAAUGAGGACAGGCUGGGUAUUUUACCCUCUGCCUUCUCGCUUUCCCUGUGUGGAAAAUGGACACAUUGCUUGGAGGUGCUGGAAGUGACGUUUAAGCUAACUGCUGAGAAGAGUAGGAGUUAAUUAGGCAAAGGGAAACCGAGAUCUUCAAAGAAGGAUGGUGCCCUGCCUAGAAAUUAUAUUUAAUAAAGAAUGAUUGAAGGAUUAGAUAUCUGAUGCAUCUGUCUUGGAAUCAUCAAAAGCCUGCUCAGUGGAUGAGGUGCUAUUCUAGGUCCAGUGGGCAGAAUUAAGGCCACCAUUGGGUGAAUGCAAAUAACAAAGAGGCAGCUUUCAACUCCAGGCUAGCUGAAGUUUUUCACAAAUGGAGCUUUCCAGCAAUCCUUUGAGCUACCAUGUAGGUAAUCUCCCUAUCACCAAAUGUGUUCAAGUAGAUGCCGACUGACCCCCACCCAGGAACAGUAGAGAUGGGAGUCCUGCAUUAAUGCAGUGAUUGUACUAUUUCAAUUUUGUUCAAGCAUUUCUGUUCGCAUAUGCCCUAAAGGAAUUUUGAACAACUAUGUACCCCUCACAUAUUCUGUCUUUUAAAAUUUUAAUUUUUAAAUUUUCUCAUGCAUAUUUCAAAUUAACAUCUUUGUAAAAACAUAGGUUAAGUAAUUGCAAAGAAUGUGAUUUCUGAUAUACUAUAUAUUAUGCACCUCCCUUAAAUCUAUUUUUCAGAAUCUUGGCACAGCUCAUUUAGCUCAUCCAAUUGAUGGAAGGAGAUUCCCUGCUAAUCUAAUGGCCAAGCCAAUCCUCACUGUCAAACUAGACAAAUCAAACUAACUUUUAAAGAAUUGUGCAACGGGGCGCCUGGGUGGCUCAGUUGGUUAAGCGACUGCCUUCGGCUCAGGUCAUGAUCCUGGAGUCCCUGGAUCGAGUCCCGCAUCGGGCUUCCUGCUCGGCAGGGAGUCUGCUUCGUCCUCUGACCCUAUCCCCUCUCAGGUGUUCUCUCUCUUUCAUUCUCUC